CACAAGGAUGGACUUCAGAACCGUCUGUCGUCCUAUGAUCCUGGCCCUCCGGGUGUCCGGGACGUUCUUCAUCUCCGUUAAACGCGAUGGCUACACCUUCUCCUGGUUCUCCGUCGAGACCAUUUACGCGAUCCUCUUCCACGUGGUGACUGACGUGGUCGCCGCUAUCUCGAUCACGCCAAAGAUAAAGGAACUUUUGGAAUCCGGAUUCGACCUUGGGCUCGACAGCUUCUUCACUCUCGCGCUGACGUGGCCGAACUUUGUGCUGCCGAUAAUCGGCUUAUUCUCCAGCAAAUCCGUAACGAGGUACCUGAACGAAUGGAAGAUCGUUGAGGACGAGUUUCGCGCCCUGGCCGGAAAGUCGCUGGUUUUUCCUGAACUGAAAACGGCCAGCCGUCUGCUACCGAUUGUAACGUCGAUCUUGCCGAUCCCCGUUACCGUGAUAGCCAUAAGCAUUGGCCGUCAUUCGAUCAUCCAAGCGAUCACAAACGCAAAACCCUUACUGACGUUCGACUGUGUCGCAACGAUGUGGCAAAUCCAGGCCGAGCUUUUCAGCCUAACGUACCAAAAGUACUGCGAAAAUCUAUCCAAGACGCUGCACUCGACUCAGGGUACCAACGCCUCCGUUAUCGUACGGUACAGGCUUCUUUACCUGAGGAUCACUUCACUGGCGUUGAGCCUGAACAGAUCGAUGAACCUGAUGACCACGAUUGCUUACGUCAUCCUCUACAUCGACAUGAUUAUCGGAGCCUAUUCGGCGAUUGUGGGUCUCUCUAGCAAGGUAGUGACCGCCUCUCUACUCUACCAACUUUUCUUCCCGCUGUUAUACUGCACAAUUAUAAAUCAGGUCUACUGUGAGGCAGGGAGGAGGAUCACGCUGGCCGGAGGCGAAGAGGUCGCCGGAAAGAUAAGCGGCAUGAGGUCACGGUUCUCCUGGGCUGCCCGAACCGAGUUCUUUCGACUAAUGGAUACCGUUUACCUUCUUUCACCGGAGCCCAGACUCGCUGGCUGCGUAAGGUUGGGCAGAGGUCUCACAACCGUCAGUUUAAAGAUUAUGUUCAGCUAUUUGGUUGUCUUGUUUCAAUUCAGAGGCAGCCUUGAAUAGGAUGAAAUC